GCUGGAGGAGAAUUACAUCGUGUGUGAAGGAGUGUGUCUGCCUCGAUGCAUCCUCUACGCUCACUACCUGGACUUCUGCAGGAAGGAGAAACUAGAGCCGGCCUGCGCUGCUACGUUUGGAAAGACGAUCCGACAGAAGUUUCCUCUUCUAACAACGAGAAGACUUGGCACCAGAGGACACUCCAAAUACCAUUACUAUGGAAUUGGCAUCAAAGAGAGCAGCGCUUACUAUCACUCUGUGUACUCAGGAAAAGGGUUGACCAGAUUUUCAGGGAGCAAGCUCAAGAACGAGGGAGGUUUCACCAGGAAAUAUUCUUUGAGCUCAAAAACUGGAACGUUGCUUCCCGACUUCCCCAACGCUCAGCAUCUCCUCCUGCAGGGAAACAUCUCCAGAGAAAAGGUUCGUGAUAAAUAUCAAUUUAUUUCCACAUACUGCCAGUGCAUCCUGGACAACGCCAUUAACGUCAACUUUGAGGAGAUCCAGAAUUUUCUGCUGCAUUUCUGGCAGGGCAUGCCCGACCACCUGCUGCCGCUGCUGGAGAACCCGGUUAUAGUCGACAUCUUCUGCGUCUGUGACUCCAUCCUCUAUAAGGUUUUAACAGAUGUUCUGAUUCCAGCUACAAUGCAGGAGAUGCCUGAGAGUCUGUUGGCAGAUAUCCGCAACUUUGCCAAACACUGGGAGCACUGGCUGGCCUCCUCCCUGGAAAACCUCCCAGAAUGCCUUGCAGCAAAGAAGCUCCCCAUAGCACGCCACUUUGUUUCCUCUCUGAAGAGACAGACAUCGUUCUUACACCUGGCACAGAUAGCCCGUCCGGCGCUGUUCGACCAGGCUGUGGUGACCAGCAUGGUGCUGGACAUCGAUAACGUGGAUCUGAGCAGCAUCAGCUCUCAGCCUCUGCUCAGCAUCAACACAUCUGGAGACCAGGACCCCGACAUCUACUCUGAGUACGACUCCAUCACCGUCUUCCAGGAGCUGAAGGAGCUGCUGAGGAAGAACGCCACGGUGGAGUCCUUCAUCGAGUGGCUGGACUCUGUGGUGGAGCAUAAAGUCAUCAAGCCCGGGAAGCAGAGCGGCCGCUCGGUGAAGAAGCGAGCGCAGGACUUCCUCCUCAGGUGGAGCUUCUUUGGAGCCAGAGUGAUGCACAACCUCACGCUCAACAACGCCUCCAGCUUCGGUACGAACAUGUUCAAAA